AUGCGACAAGGUUGUAUAUUGUCACUGUAUUUAUUCAACUUAUAUGCGGAAUACAUAAUGCCUAAGGCUCGGCUGGAUGAAUCCAAAGCUGGAAUCAAUAUUGCUGGAAGAAAUAUCAACUACCUCAGAUACGCAAAUGAUAAUACUCUAAUGGCUGAAAACGAGGAAGAACUAAAUGACCUGUUGAUGAGGGUUAAAGAAGAGAGUACAAAAGAUGGAUUGUUGCUUAAAGUUAAAAAGACUGAGAUCAUGGCAAAUAGCAAUCUUAGUUCCUGGCAAAUAGAUGGGGAAGAAGUGGAGGCAGUGACAGAUUUUAUUUUCCUGGUAUCCAAGAUCUCCUCAGAUGGUGACUGUAGUCAUGAAAUUAAAAGACGUUUGCUUCUGGGGAGGAAAGCUAUG